AGUUAGCCAUGCGACUGGAGGCGCACCGGCUCCAUAGACCACAAACAUCGCACUAUGGCCUCGCUCUGAGCCUCCUGAUGCGACAGCUGUGUACAUACCUAACCGGCAAUCCGUCACCAUCGACGCCCUAAUCAUGGACCUCCGGUCCAGAGGCUUUUUUCGGGGCCAUCGGAGUUGUCAAUAGUACUCCCGAAGUACUGUAUUAUUUGAUUUUGAGCACUGUCACUUUUGCACGCCCGGGGAUUUAAACCGAGGUGACAGUAGUAGCACUCACCCCGUCUGCCGGUUAGCUAGCUCGCUAAGUCAAUAGCCAAGAAGGGCAUCACUUUUCUUUUGGAGUUAAAGGACAAGAAAACUGCAACAGCACUACUUUAAAUACCCGAAGACUGAUCAGAGGCUGAUUCCCCGAGUUCCCAUCUUACAACAUAUUCACAGUUGAUUCCUGACAGGUUGGCAACAAAACGCCACCCUAAUGCAGAACCAUAAAAGAACGUGAAAUGAACAAACCACCACAGCCUAUAACGGGACCUACUUCUGUCCCAAACCCUUCCCCCUCCCCCGGAUUGUCACAGGCGGCAUACGGCCCUGGACAACCCCCUUCUCUUGUUUUUGCCACCCCCCCACCUCCACAAAUGAGCUCUGCACCACAGGCAAGACAGUUUGCUGCAGGGCCCCGUACUUUACACCAACAGGGUGGAUACAGAGCAUUACAGAGUUACUAUCAGAACCGACCAGCCAUGGCCACCAGUGCUCCAAGGGUACAGACAAGUAGUGGCCCACGGCCUGUUGGUCCUGCUCACGUCUACCCGCCCAGCUCCCAGAUGAUGAUGAUUUCCCAGCAGCAGCUGUCUUUCGCUGGCUCCCCUCAGGGUUACUUCAUCCCCCCUGGACAGGUGUUGGAAAAAGGGGGUCAUCUUAUUCGGGCCAAUACGUACCGGCCCCCGUAUAUGCCUCCUACUCAGCAGUAUCCUGUGACCAGCGGUACAGCAGGCUUCUAUCCAGGAACUAGCCCUGCUGAAUACCCUGCUUAUGAGCCCUCUCUUGCUGCGAGGGAGAGGCGGGGUGGUGGGGGGAGAGGGGGCGGGCGAGAGAACGGCCGUCUCUCUCUCCACGGUGCUCCUCUCACCUCCCAGCGCUACCCUGCGGGAGCAUACUAUCCAGCUCAGCCGCAGUACUCUCCCUCUGUCCCACCGACACCAGUCAUGAUCAACCCGGCCCAGCAACAGCAACAAGCCCCGCCUCCUCAGCAACCACCGGCACAGUCACAAGGCCCACCAAAGAGGGAACGCAAACCGGUAGUGUGUCACAACAAAAGGGCAGCGCGCCUCUUGUCUGAGAUAAGAAUACGAGACCCAAACCAGGGCGGACGUGAUAUCACAGAGGAGAUCAUGUCAGGUGGAAGGUCCACGACCACACCGACUCCCCCACAGGCCUCCAUAGCCGAUGCAAGUCCUGUACAGACCAAUGGUGAAGUCGCUACGGUGACUAGAAGAGAUGAAAACAUGGAGCCUCCUGCUAGCGCUGAAACACCACCACCUCCUGCCACAGAAAAUGCAGAGCCUGUGGUGGAGGCCAAACAGGAAAUGGACAGUCAGACUGCACCACCUGAUGAGUUAGCCGCACAACCGGUAGCUCCUGCAGCUGCUACUGAGGUGCCAUCACCAUUGAUAAAGGACCAGCAGUCUUCCUCCCCCCCCCCUCCAGCAUCAGCAUCUACUACACCUCCUGCCGAGGCAGUAAAUAAAGUUGAUACUAAAGUUAGUGACACAGUAGACGCUCCCGUCGUCCCUACGGCAUCAUUAGCGGCACCUGAGGCUCCUGUCAAACUGGAGGAACCGCCGGCUGCCCCAGCUCCAGCUGAGAAGGCGCCAGAAAAGGAAGAAAAGACAACAGAGGAAGUGAAGAAAUUGGAAAAGGAGGAGCAGGUGACCAGCGCUAAGUUGGAGACCGCAGUUGAGGUUGCUGUGACAGUUAACCCUGUUGAAGUGGCCAAAGAAGAAACUGCUACAAAGACGGCACCUGAAGUCUCUCAGCCUCCGCCCUCUGCACAGGAACCUGCUGCUCCACAGACCCAGAAUGCUGCCCCGAUCUCAGCCCCUGAACUCGAACCUGAACUCAAACCUGAACCCGAACCUGAACCCGAACCCGAACCCGAAGCCAUUCAGGCUGAAAAGGCAGAGCCUCUUCUCUCCAACGGCCUUCCUCAGGAUACUGAGGAACUCUCUGAGGAUAUGGCAUUUUCAGACACUACACCCAUUGACAAGCCUGACGCUUCUCAAUCUCAGGAAUCCACGCCUGUGGCUAAAAUGGCAAUGCUAGCCCAGGAAGAAGAGGAAGAGGAGGAGGAGGAGGAGGAGGAGAAGAAAGAGGAAGAAGAAGAGGAGAAGGAGAAAAGUGAGGAUGCCCCUGCUACCACUGUUAGCUGCCCUACCGAGGAACCUACUACUAUGCAAGCUGCUACGUCUGUGCCAAAGAAGAGGAAGAACAUGAAGGAGUUCAACAAAAAGGAGAACAUUGGAAACCUCCUGGAUGCCUUCACAGAGGAGCAGGGUGCCAAGCCUGCUUCUGAACCCUCGUCCACUCAGGCCGACCCCGUCCCUGUUGUUCCAGCUAAACCUCCCGCUGAGGUUGUAGAUGAGACUUGGGAGGAGAAAGAGGACAAGCAGAAUGCAGAACCUGACAGUUCUAAAGCCACACCUGAGCCAACUGGGCAGAAAUACCAGUACAAAGGAGAAAAUUGGAAGCCGAUAGACCCAGAAGACAAGAAGCGGUACGACAGGGAGUUCCUCCUGGGCUGCCAGUUUAUCGGCGCCAGUAUGCACAAACCUGAGGGCCUGCCUACCAUCAGUGAUGUGGUCCUGGAGAAGGUGAACAAGACUCCACUGCGGCCUGCUGACCCAGCUCGACUGAUGAAUGUCGGUCCCGAUUUUACUCCCUCGUAUUUGGGGAACCUUGGGAGCAGAUCAGUUGGAGGACCACGAGGCCCGCCGCCUGGGCCACGUCGCUCCCAGCAGGGUCAGAGGAAAGAGCCCAGGAAAAUCAACCUCAGCAGCCUGUCCCUCAGCGAUGACGUGCAGCUGAACAAGGCUGAGAAGGCCUGGAAGCCCGCUGCGAAGAAGUCCACUCGCAACCGUGCUGGGGAGGAGGCCGAAGAGGAAGAUACCGAACAGGCCAAAACUCAAGAGCUGUUCAAGCGUCUGCGCAGUAUCCUCAACAAGCUGACCCCUCAGAAGUUUCAGGAGCUGAUGAAACAGGUGACGGACCUGACGAUAGACACAGAGGAGAGGCUGAAGGGAGCCAUUGACCUCAUCUUUGAGAAGGCCAUCUCAGAGCCCAACUUCUCUGUGGCCUACGCCAACAUGUGCCGCUGCCUUAUGGGGUUAAAAGUCCCCACCUCAGACAAGCCAGGAGUUUUUGUGAACUUCCGCAAAGUGCUGCUCAACCGCUGCCAGAAAGAGUUUGAGAAGGACCAGGAUGACGAUGAAAUCUUUGAGAAAAAGCAAAAAGAGUUGGAUUCUGCCAAAGAGGGAGAGGAACGUGAUCGCUUGAGGGCGGACCUGACGGAGGCCAGAGACCAGGCCCGCCGUCGCUCACUGGGUAACAUUAAGUUCAUUGGCGAGCUCUUCAAGCUGAAGAUGCUGACAGAGGCCAUCAUGCACGACUGCGUAGUGAAACUACUGAAGAAUCAUGAUGAAGAGUCUCUGGAGUGUCUCUGCAGGCUGCUCUCCACAAUUGGCAAAGACCUGGACUUUGAGAAGGCCAAGCCUCGUAUGGAUCAAUAUUUCAACCAGAUGGACAAGAUCAUCAAAGAGAGGAAGACCUCAUCCAGAAUCCGCUUCAUGCUGCAAGACGUCUUGGAUCUCAGAAGAUGUAAUUGGGUGCCUCGUAGAGGAGACCAGGGUCCUAAAACAAUUGACCAGAUCCACAAGGAGGCUGAGUUGGAGGAGCACAGGGAACAGAUCAAAGUCCAGCAGCAGCUCCUGUCCAAGAAAGACGGAGGAGGUGGAGGAGGAGGAGGCGGUGGCGGCGGCAGGAUGGGAGGAAACAUGGGAGGCCGAGGCCCUCACACACCUGGAGGUGGCAGGACUAACCCCCCUCAGGAUGAGGGCUGGAACACGGUGCCCAUCUCCAAGAAUAGACCCAUCGACACCACCCGUCUUAGCAAGAUCACAAAGCCUGGGGCUCUCGACUUCAACAACCAACUGUUGGCUCCAGGGGGAAAAGGCAUGUGGGGUAGCUGGGGCAAAGGCAGCAGUGGAGGAACUGGAGCAAAACCAGCAAGUGGAGAGCAGGAUUCUGGUCGUCCAGCUACCAGCACCCUCAACCGCUUCUCAGCCCUGCAGCAGUCUGGCUCGUUGUUGUCUUCAACAGACUCUGAUCGCAGAGUUCCUCAGAGGUCAAGCUCCAGCCGUGAGCGUGGCGGCGACAGAGACAAGGGUGACCGCGACAGGGAUCGGUUUGAACGAUUCGAUCGCAGUGAGGGACGGGAAGGUCGUGCCGAUGGCGGCAGCCAGAACCAAAUCACAAAGAGAAGCUUCAGCAGAGAGUCGCAGGACCGCGGCGGUAGGGGUGGAGACAGCCGGGCUGCGACUGAGCCUGUGCGCCGCGUCGCCAGCAUGACCGACGAUAGGGACAGAGGAAGUCGGGAUAGAGGAAGCAGGGACAGAGGAAGUCGGGACAGAGGAAGCAGAGACCGAGGAAGCCGUGACAGGGGUCCAAGCAAAGAUCUCACAGGUGAAAAAGCAGUUAAACGUGAGAGUGCCCCCACUCCUCCUCCUUCUCUUCCAAAACCUGUCUUGACUGAAGAGGAGGUGGAGAAGAAGUCAAACGCCAUCAUCGAAGAAUACCUCCACAUCAAUGACUUAAAGGAGGCGUUGCAGUGUGUGACAGAACUCAACAGUGCCUCACUGCUCUAUGUGUUUGUGCGGAACGCCGUGGAGUCAACGCUUGAGCGCAGCACCAUCGCUAGAGAGCGUGCAGGCCUGUUGCUGCACCAACUGGUAAAGGCAGGGACACUGCCCACACAGCAGUACUACAAAGGGCUAGAAGAGACCCUGGAGGCUGCGGAAGACACGGCCAUAGAUAUACCUCACAUCUGGCUCUACCUGGCUGAACUCAUAACCCCCAUGCUCCAUGAGGGAGGCAUCCCUAUGGGACAACUCUUCAGGGAGAUCUCGAAGCCUCUUGUGCCUCUGGGGCAGGCUGGAGUGCUGCUGGUACAGAUCCUCAAGUUGCUCUGCAAAGGAAUGACCCCCAAGAAGGUCGGAGGCAUGUGGACAGAGGCUGGGCUGAAUUGGAGUGAGUUCUUGCCCGAGGAUGAAGAUGUCAACAAGUUUGUCACUGAUCAGAAAAUGGAGUUCACAACAGGAGAGGAAACCGAGUCAAAGGAAGUCGAUGAGAAGAAGGUCCUCACUGGAGAAGAGCUCAGUAAACAGCUGGACAGACUCCUGCAGGACAAGGCCAACAACCAGCGUAUCAGAGACUGGGUUGAGGCUAACAUGGAUGAGCAGCAAACUUCUUCCAACCAGUUUGUCCGAGCAUUGAUGACAUCAGUGUGUCAGGCUGCCAUCAUAUGUGAUAACCCGUACAGGGUGGAUGCGCGUCAGAUCGGCCUGAGGGCCAGUCUGCUGCAGAGAUACCUGUGUGAUGAGCAGAAAGAGCUGCAGGCCCUUUAUGCCCUCCAGGCUCUGAUGGUGCACAUGGAGCAGCCAGCGAACCUGCUGAGGAUGUUCUUCGACGCCUUGUACGAUGAGGACGUCAUUAAGGAGGAAGCCUUCUACAAAUGGGAAUCCAGCAAAGACCCCGCAGAGCAAACAGGCAAAGGUGUGGCGUUGAAAUCAGUCACCGCUUUCUUCACCUGGCUCCGCGAGGCCGAGGAGGAGUCUGACAAGGAAUAAAAGACUGGACUGAAAGCUGCCGUCCCCCUUUGGCAAGGCGGGGGCUCUGCAGGCGGCUGCGGCGAGUCAUGGACAAUAUUGCCAGAGAGGCAGACUCAAAUCAAUCCUCAAUGAGGAUAAAUGUUAUGUUUUUCUUUUUUUGAGGGAUGGACUCAGAAAACAAUCAUUUUCUCUCUACCUACCCUCUCUCUCGCUUCCUCAUUAUUUCCCCCUCCUGCUUGUGACAGCAAGUGUCCUCAUCAAAUAAACUUGAAAACUGAUUCAGCAGGAUUGCUUGUUAACGAGGUGUGAAGUAUCCCACAUCACUACGAAACUUUUGUCACAAUAAUACAAAACCAACGGGCUGCUUUUUUUUAUGGUUCUAGAUUAUGAUAAUGCCUAAUAUCCGAUCUGAUCUGCAAGAAUAAACAGCAAGGUGUGUGGUGUAGUGGGAUCCCUGAUGGUGUGUGUUCAAUCCAAACUCAGCUCUUAUGUCUUUGUCCCUUACUGGAGUGUGCAGCAUGACUGAAGUGUGUUUCUAUUAAUGAUACAGUGGACGAUAACGUUCAUAGACAAACGUACAUGAACUAAUAUUAAUUUGAUGGAUGGAGUUUUUAAAGCUAAGGUCGUCUAUUUUCUCUUCCUGUUUCCCAUCAUGAACUUACAAAGGACAGAAACACGGAGGACAGAUGUUGACCUUUGACCUUGACUACUAGGGGGUGGUCUUAAUGCUUCCUCUAAGCCAUCCUCUCCCAUCCCCAGUAGUGAACCACACUGACGCUUCAUCUUUACCUCUUCUAUACUUAAACCUGAGCUGUCGUAGAGGACACUUAUUGACCCAAUCACCGUUAAAACUUGAAAUCUACAGAAAAUUGACUUGAUGAAAUAUAUAAAGUUAAAAAAAAAAGGAAAAAAACAACACAGAAAUGAUCCGAAAGCCUUUUCUACUUCAAGUGGAAACUUAUUUCAGGAGCGUUCUGUAAAUAUAUAAUAAUAAUUACAAACAAUUUUUUUUUUUUUUUUCCAGUUUUAUUUUUCAGAAACAAUAAAUUGCUGAUGUAAUUGCAGUGUGUCCUUUUCCAACAGAAACCACAGUUGUCCAGAUGCAGAGAGGUGCUUUAGAUAAUCCAUUGAUUAUUAGUUGUAUUGGAAUUUUGUAAAUAUUUUUUUUUUUGCUUUCUUUAUUUAAGAAAUUAUUGCUUCUUUUGCAUCUGAAACUGGAAAGAUGAGGUAACGGAACAUUGCAAAUAAAGGACUUAUUAAGUUGCUGA